AUGUUCAAAGGGACGCCAGAUGAUCUGAAACGCUGCCGACAAUAUCUCAAAGAAUGCUUGGGCCAUCGAAAGUGUGUAAAAGCUCCUAGGAAAGCGGGACAUUAUAUUGCACCUGAGCGAAUCUUGGACGUGCAAGAACAUGCAAACGCGCGAAUGUAUAGCCUCUCACCAGGAGACUACCCUCGAUAUGUAGCACUGAGGUACUGCUGGGGAGACACGCAGCCAGAGCAAGUCAAGACCACGAAAGCCAAUUUGCAGUCCCGACAAGAUGUGACCAACCUGUCUGGGUUGGCGCAGACGAUACGAGAUGCUAUCCAAGUAUGCUUCUCGCUCGGAUCCCACUAUAUAUGGAUCGACGCUCUCUGCAUUGUUCAAGACGACGAUGAUGAAAAGGUAUCAGAGAUUGCCGAUAUACAAAGCAUCUACCGGGGCGCUGCGCUUCUUUCGGCACUGCAAGCGCAGCUAACAGUACGGACGACUUUCUUCAAGACCGUACAUUCGAACGAGUGUACAGCGAAUCGUUCCGCAUAUCGUACUAUCGCAAGCAGGACGAGCACACCACAGAAUGUUACCUAUUUCUGUCCGAGCUACCAACAAGUGACGAAUAUCGAGAGCCUCUCGGCAGAUGAGGCUGGACAAUGUACAAAGACAUGCCGCCUAAGAUUUGGAUCAAAGCAAACAACUUAG